AUGGCACGCACGCUCCACAUUGUCGUCAACCCACACGCGGGCCAUUGCGACUCGCUCACCGUCCUUCGCGACGAGGUCGAGCCACUCCUUGUCCACCACGGCAACAGCAGCCUGCUCGACAUCGUCCGCCACCAGACCCAGGCCAAGGAUGACGGCAGACGCAUCGGCGCGAAAAUCCGCGCCCAAGCCGACUCGUCCUCGCCGCCGUUUGACUCGCUGGCGGCGCAACACCAGGUCGACGUCGUCGUCGUCGGCGGAGACGGAACCACAAACGAAAUCAUCAACGGCUUCUUCGCCGACGACGUCCUCGUCACACGGUCAGUGCCGAGCGCGUCGACCUUGGCACCCACCCUCCACCUCAUUCCCGUCCCAACGGGCUCCGCAAACGCCCUGUAUGCCGCCUGCUUUCCGCCCUCGUCUGCAAAAGAGGACCAGCGCGUGGCCCCUCAAGACACCCACAAAAGCACCCAGCAUUGGUCAAGAGCCAAAUCGCUUCGCUCUUUCCUUGCAAGCCUCGGCUUAAACCUCAAAAAACCCUCCUCUGACGAAGGCUUUCAAGGGACCCUCGCACCGCUGACCCUCCUCGUCAACGACAUCAUCCCCGUGCCGCCCUCCUCCGAAGCUUGCCAGAGGGCGCAAGCUUCGUCAUCAUCAGCGACGCCGGUCGAGGUGUCCUCCCCUGAGCGAAUCCUCACCCAUCUCGUCACCUCACACGCGCUCCACGCCGCCAUACUGCAUGACUCCGAGACUCCUGAGAUGCGUCAAAGCUUCCCUGGCACGGAGCGCUUCAAGAAGGCAUUCGAACUCAACGCCACCCGGUGGACCUAUGGACAGCUUCGCUUACACCCUCUCCUCACCACCGGGCUCGUAUCCCAGUACCAGCCCUCCAGCAAGACAUUCGAGACCGUCUCGGAAACAGUGCUCCAAGGCCCAUUUGUCUACCUCAACGCCCUCGUUACCGAUCGGCUGGAACCUCACUUCGUCCCCGCCCCCUUUUCAUCCACCUUCUCCACCGCAUCGGCUCAGCGCCACAGGGUCUCCGCAGUCGACAAAGCCGCGCGCCAGCUUCAGAGGCCCCCGGAAGCGGUCGACCUUGUCAUCAUACGCCCUCAUAGGGAUCCCAACGUCAAGGACGCCCUGGAUGCGGCGAGUCCGGGGGACCGAGCGUUGAUCAUGGAGCGAGCCCAAGCCGACUUCCUUGCGACCAGGCUGGGUGGCAUCAUACAGGCCAUGUACGACGGGGGCAAGCACGUUGAUCUCGUCUACGAGGACAACCAAGGCACCGCGGCGCCCAUCGUCGAGUACCUCCGCACCGGCGGCUACUCUUUCGACCCAGCGCCCGAAGAUGAGCGCGCAUCUCUCAUCUGCCUUGACGGCGUGACGAUCCCGUCGCAGAAGUCCGAAGUAUCCGUAUGGGGCUCGGCUACCGGACGAGGCCGCGCUUACGUCUGGACGUGA